UAGUGAAUGAAGUGAAUCAAGGGAUGAAGCAAGCUAUAGAAAGGUUUAGUUGAAUUCUAUGAAUGUGAUUGAUUGAUUUAUGCUGUGAAUUGGUAGUGAUGAUCAAGAAUGAGAUGACGUAUUGUGCUAUUUGGUAUUUGAUGAUCGAUUGAAGUGAUUUGAAGUUUUCUUGAAAGUCUUGAUCUGAUUUGAAUUUUCUAUCGAUCUUCUUCAAAUGACAUCAUCCAUUUCCAAUUCAAAUUCCAAUUCACUCAAAACCAUUCUCAAUUUGUUUUUCUACUUUACUUUAAAGACUACUCAUUCUCACUUCUCUUCUUCUCCUGCUUCUCCUUCUUCAUCAUCUAAAACUCAAAACUAGCCAAAAAGAAAUAAAUCAUGUUGAAUACUCAAUUACAAAACCUCCUUAACAAUCCAUUAACACCAAUUCAAGCUUAUGCUGAUUCGGAUCUGUUCUCUACUCAAAAUGUUCUCUCUCGUCUAUCUCAUUCAGUAUUAUGGGUGGUCUUCGCCAUCAUGAUUCUAUCGACUGUUGUCAUUGGAAUCUUAACUACUCAACAACAAAAGAAUAAUAAAUUAUUCCAUCAUAUCACUCUUACUAUUAACUUCAUCGCUGCUAUCUCUUACUAUUCGAUGGCUUCAGGAAUCGGAAUUAGUCUUUCUCAUCAUGGAGCUCGUCCAUUAUUUUGGGCUAGAUACUUGGAUUGGCUCUUGACCACUCCUCUCUUACUCACCGAUCUUGGUUUACUUGCUGGGAUUCCAAUUCAAGAUAUCGUUCUACUUGUUUUGAGUGAUGUAGUCAUGGUCGUCACUGGUCUAUUAGGUGCUAUAAAUCAAUCCGAGUCUACCAAAUGGGGAUACUUUGUGAUGAGUUGUAUCUUCUUUGUUUACGUUGUUUAUGAAUUAGCUACUACUGCUAGACGAACAUCUUAUCUUAAAUCUAGUCGGGUAGGGUUCCUUUUCACUGCGAUUGCUGUCUAUAGUAUGUUGUUAUGGACAGUUUAUCCUGUGGUAUGGGCAUUGUCUGAAGGUUCUUCAAUCAUAUCACCAGAUUUGGAAAUAUUGUUUUACGCUGUUCUGGAUGUGAUGGCCAAAGCAGUCUUUGGAUUCUGGUUAUUAAUUGCUCAUAGUAUCAUUCCUGAAUCAAAUGUGAUUGUUUCUAAUUCAUUUACGGAUCCAAGAAUCCAAAAUGGAGUAGGAUAUAGUGCGAUUGCUGAGAAUGAAGAAGCUGUUCGUGAUUGAUGAAGAUUCAGUUUGGUUUUUGAUGAGUCAUAAGUUUUGUGAUUGUUUAAUCUUGUUAUCAUUAGUCUGUUUGAUCUUGUUACUAUGCAGUUGAUAAAAUGAAGUG